GAGUCUUUAACUGAAGACAGACCAAAGAAAACAAUUUCCGACUGGGUUUGCAUCACAAUUGCACUGAUAGUAGUUAAUGAUGAAGACACCGAGGAAAUAACAAGACUCAAAAAAUAUUUAUAUAGAGUAAUGAUACCUUUGUAA